UUUUCCAUGGCAACUGGCAGCUAUUUGCACUAAUUUGCAAAAGAAAAGCGGCUGAAGUGUAGUGUGCUCUUGGGGAAUGUUAUAUUUGGUCUUUCUCGGUAAUACAAGUCUCAUUAUUUAGCCUCUCAGUGCACCAGGAAACCGAACAAACAGACCGAGUGACCCUUUGUCAAGCACCUCUUCCCCUCUCAGGAUCAUUGCGGCCCUCGGCCAUCAAAUGGCACCAGCUCAGCUCAGAGAGGGCUUGUGGACUUUACUGGGUCUGUGGAAUAGAGUUUGGAAAAGAGGACACGCUCGGGGUGGAAUUGAGAGGCAUAUUAAAACAGCAGGAUUGGGAUCAUGGACUGCUGCCAAAGAGGAUCUCACUUCAUGGAUCUGACCGGAUUUUCAAAUUGAAUUUGGUGAUCCACGCGACCCAGACUGGACUGCCCGGCUUUUUAAUAAACAGGAGGCUUUAAUCUCUGGAUGUCUGAUAAUGUGAAACACUUUCUACAGUAAAACGUCUCCUUUGAACACUAUGGAUAUGCAAAGGUCAUUUCUGAGUCCGUCAGUGUUUGAUUUGGUCAGUGAUGUGGAGUUCAUGGAGUUGAUGCCGAAUAAAUCUGCACAGGCAUCCAAUGAGACCCACAGCACCGAUGGUAAUGGACUGUACCAGGAUUUGACUUCCAUCUCAACGGCUCCAACAGAUUACUUUUACGCGCUGUCGCCGAGCACCGGCUCUCCGGAAAUCGCCGUUAACAUGAAACCCAAGCGCAAACGCGUGAUCAGCACCGUGCAGCGCCAGGCCGCAAACAUCCGCGAGCGCAAACGGAUGUUCAGCCUGAACGAGGCGUUUGACCGGCUGCGCAGGAGGGUUCCCACGUUCGCCUACGAGAAAAGACUGUCUCGGAUAGAGACUCUGCGGCUCGCCAUCGUCUAUAUAGCCUUCAUGACGGACAUACUGGAGAACAGCUGAACUCAGAUUGGGUUAUUAAUUGCAUUUCUUUCAAAACGCGGUAAAAAGCGAUUUUACUUUACUUUAGGGGGUAAACUCGUUGCCUUAAACCCAACAAGUUGAUUUCACUUUAAAAAGAGUCAGUAAACCAAUGACUUAACUUUUAUCAUUGUGCACAUAGUUUUGUUUGCUUAAAAUAGACAUCUAAACUAAAAAUGGGAACGAGUUUACUCUCUUUUUUAAAUUAAUCAACUAAUCGCUUUUUUCAGUGUAAGGAUCUUCAAAAUUAUAGUAAAAUAUUGAUUAAUUAUUAUUUCUUUGGUCCUACCUCUACUGUUAAAAACUGAACAGCAAUUUUAGGUAUUUCACAAAUAAAUAUUUGAAGUUUAAAACUGCUGUAGACUUUAGUCCAAAACUUUUCCAAUAAUUAAGCUAUCCAAUUAUGACAUGUCGGAAUAGAGUCGCUACUUUAAAGAAAUAUUUUAAAAAUUCAUUCUAAUUAUUAUUUAUUUUGUCCUGCCUUUAUGGCUUCGAUGGAGUUAAUUAUUAAAAACUGAACAGCAAUUUUAGGCGUUCAUAUAAAGCCGUAUAGCUGUUUACAAAUAUAAUAGCCUGAUGCUUAAAACUGUUGAGACUUCAGUCCAAAACUUUUCCCAGAAUUAAGCUAUCCAUUAGGCUAUGACAUGUUGGAAUAGAAUGUAUUGCCAGAAACUCAGCCUUGGCUCAGUUGGCGUUUCUGUGUGGAGUUUGCAUGUUCUCCCUGCGUUCGCGUGGGUUUCCUCCGGGUGUUCCGGUU